CAUUUCAAUGCUGGGUGUGUGGUUGUGGUGUAAGACAGUGACACUCAAAUACUGCAAUGGCUGCUACUCAAGUGAGGGUCUGUAGGGUCUUAACAUAAAAACUGUAAAAAAAACAGCUUUACUUACAGUAAUUUGGGUAGGCCCUACUGGUUUUAAUUUGAAACAGUUUGCAUAACAUUCUAAUUGUAUCUAAGCUAAUGUGUCAGUAAGGUCUUAAUAUAAACAUUACAAUAGGCAAGGCUACUAGAUUUAAAGACUUUAGUUGCAGCAAGAACAAGAGUAUUUAUUUGACAUUUUUUGACAUUUUGACAGGUUAGAAUCAGCUACAGUAAAAGAACAAUAUUUGACAAAAUACUAUAUGAAAACAAUAAAUCUAAUGUUACAGAUUAAAUACCAUAGAAGUAAAACACGUAUAUAAGAAAUACAAAAUGAAGAUACCUUUGAUUCUCUUUGUUAUUUUUGCUACAACUUAUGCUGACAAAGUCUACCAUAACAUCACAUGCAACACCAUUGGGAUGGAGUUUAACACUUUCGUGAAACACGUGAGAUGUCCCGCAAAUUGUAAGCUACAAUAUUACAAGGUGUGGGGCAACAUUAGGUAUAAUGGAUAUUCGCAAGUGUGUGCCGCUGCAAUCCAUGACGGACAAAUAACAAAUUCUGGGGGAAAGGUUACAGUUUAUCUCUACAAGGGAAAGAGAAGAUAUCGUGGAAACUUACAACAUGGUAUAAAGAGUGACAGUGAAUACAACUUUUAUGGGAUUGCUUUUAACUUUAGAAAAAUGAGCGCGUGCCAUCAUAGCGACAUGGUUAUUACAGACAAAGUCUACAGCAUUGAUUGCCCACAAAACUGUUCGACAGAAGGCCAUGUGUAUGGGACCGGGGUUUAUAGAAGAGAACAUUCAACCAUUUGCGCGUCUGCUAUCCAUGACGGGGUUAUUACUAGAGAAAAUGGGGGCAAAGUAACAGUGUACAAAGUGUACGUGGACCACACAGGGUUUAACACCACGUUGCAACAUGGGAUAAGGUCUUACUGGGGUGGAUGGUCAGGACAGGGGUUUCAAUUUAAAGUGCCAGACAAAGGAAAUUGAAAGUGGAUAGAAGGUAUGUACAAAGCUACUAACACACAACAAACAACAACUACUUCUGCAAUGCCAACAAUGAAUAAGAAGAUAUAUUAACACCAAGAACAAUUUGACCACAAGUUACAAACUAAAGUCACCUCCAACAAAAGGUGUCCACACACUAAAAAGGCAAUUACAUAUUUUUGAUAAACUAAGAACAAUGAACUUUUAUCGUAUGUAACAGAACAUGAGUAAAUAAUACAGAUAAUCGCAUCACAAAUUACUUGACUUUAUAUUACCUUAUAAACCAAUAAUCUAUUCUAUUGUAUCAGCAAACUAACUGUGUAUAAUAAAGCUGAAUUAAUAAACUACCAACCAUACCUGUAGUUUA